AUGUUAUUGAAGAAUGAAAAAUUGAAAAUCCAAUCGGAAUGUCAAUUAGCUGCAAUGGGAUUUAUAGCGCACGUGUUAGUUUUGUCGAUAGCUCUUGUUGCAUCGGGCAUUGCUGCCCGAUGGACAACCUUACAAGAUUAUACUUCGGGGGAAAGCACAUUCGAUGUAACGGAGUAUGGAGCUGUUGGAGAUGAAGUUACAGAUGAUGUUAAGGGUUUUGAAUCGGCGUGGAAAGCAGCGUGCCAAGCUGAAUCGGACAAUGUUACGAUAAUUGUACCUAGUAAAACAUUUUUAGUGUCUCCCAUCUCCUUCGAAGGCCCAUGCCAAUCACAAGCAAUAACAUUUCAGAUCUUGGGAAAGAUCGUAGCGCCUCCAAAUGAAGAAUGGAAGAAUAAAUCUAAAGAUGUGUGGUUGAAAUUCGAAAAGGUCGAUGGUCUUAUUGUUUCCGGGAAUGGGAAAGGAACGAUCGAUGGUCGGGGAGAGUCAUGGUGGGAAAAGGCAUUGCGAUUUCAAAGUUGUGUAAACCUUCGAGUUGAAGGACUCAAGCAUUUAAACAGCCCAAGAAACCAUGUCUCGAUUAAAGGCUGUCAAAAUGGAAAAUUUUCGGGCCUACACAUGAUGGCGCCGGAAGAUAGUCCAAACACCGACGGCAUAGACAUCACCGAUUCUGUCGGCAUUAAUGUUCAUAACAACACAAUGGAAACUGGGGAUGAUUGCAUUGCUUUAAGUUCCGGAAGCUCAAAUAUCAACAUAUCAAACAUACAAUGUGGUCCGGGGCAUGGAAUAAGCAUCGGGAGCUUAGGAAAAGGCGAACAAUCCGAGGAAGUACACGAUGUAAUGGUGAAUCACUGCAUUUUUCAUAAAUCGACUAACGGAGUGAGGAUCAAGACAUGGGGGGGUGGCUCUGGAUCUGCCAGAAACAUCGUAUUCUCCAACAUAGUAUUCGAUCAAGCAAAGAACCCGAUUAUCAUCGACCAACAUUACUGCCCUCAUGCGCAAUGCCCUCCUACGGAGUCGAAUGUCAAGAUUUUUAAUGUGACAUACUCGGGGCUUCGAGGGACAACGCUGAGUGACUAUGCCAUCGACUUCAACUGCAGUAGCACUGCUCCUUGUAAAGACAUUGUACUGGAAAAUGUCGAAAUAAUAUCAGUCGGCGGAGAGGAUCCCGGCGAAGUGUAUUGCAAGCACGCCGACGAGUUUAUAUUGAACGUGUUAGUUUUAUCGAUAGCUCUUGUCGGAUCGGGCGCUGCUGCCUGGCGAACAACAUUACAAGAGUAUGUUUCAGAGGAAAGCACGUUCGAUGUCACGAAGUUUGGAGCCGUCGGAGAUGGAGUUAAAGAUGAUGUCAAGGGUUUUGAAUCGGCAUGGGCAGCAGCAUGCCAAGCUGGAUCGGACAAUGUGACGGUAAUUGUACCUAGUUACACAUUUUUAGUGUCUCCCAUCUCCUUCGGAGGCCCAUGCAAAUCGAAAACAGUCGUAUUUCAUAUUAUGGGAAAGAUCGUAGCGCCUCCGAAGGAAGCAUGGAAUGAUACCUCUAUACGAGUGUGGUUGGAAUUCGAACAGGUCGAUGGCCUCGUUGUCUCCGGGAAUGGGAAAGGAACGAUCGAUGGCCGGGGAGAGACUUGGUGGCAAAAGGGGUGUCCCGACGGUUCAAGGCCUACGGCAUUGCAAUUUCUAAGUUGUGUCAACUUUCAAGUUGAAGGACUCAACCAUGUAAACAGCCCAAGAAACCAUGUCUCGAUAGAUGACUGCCAAAAGGGAGAAUUAUUGGGCCUACACAUGACGGCGCCGGAAGAUAGUCCCAACACCGACGGCAUAGACAUCAGCUAUUCUGUCGGCAUUUAUAUUCAUAACAACACAAUGGAAACCGGGGAUGAUUGCAUAGCUUUAAAUUCCGGAAGCUCGAAUAUCAACAUAUCGGACAUACAAUGUAGUCCGGGGCACGGAAUAAGCAUCGGGAGCUUAGAGAAAAACGGACAAACCGAGGAAGUACAUGAAGUAACUGUGAAUCACUGCACUUUUCAUAGAUCGGAAAAUGGAGUGAGGAUCAAGACAUGGGAGGGUGGCUUUGGAUCUGCCAGAAACAUCGUAUUCUCCAACAUAGAAUUCGAUCAAGUGAAGAACCCUAUUAUCAUGGAGCAACAUUACUGCCCUAAUGAGCAAUGCCCUUCUAUCGAGUCCAAUGUUAAGGUAAUGAAUGUGACAUACUCGGGGCUUCGAGGGACAACAGUGAGUAACUACGCCACUGACUUCAACUGUAGUAGCACUGCUCCAUGUAAGGACAUUGUACUAGAAAAUGUCGAAAUAAAAUCAGCCGGCCGAGAGCUGGCUCGGGCGCAAGUGUAUUGCAACCACGCCAGCAGCUUGAAUGCAGCGGCUCAAGUGGUAACAUCUAUGGCACACUUGGAGUUGCAUCCAUCUGAUCAACCUGGUAUGAGCUUGAUUACUACCCAGUUCAAUGAUACUAACUGCCUACUGUGGAGUAGGGGAUAA